UGGGGAAUGUCGAGGGAUGUCGAACAGCAUUUGCGGGCAGAGAAACGGGCAGAGUUUCUUCAGAUGGAAGUAGUCACAGCCAGAUUUGGGGCACUCCCCCCUCCAACAGUCUCAGGGCUAUACCCUGGUUUUCCGUGUGUCAGAAGUGCCAAAACCCGGGAGCGAAUCUCGAGCCCGACGUCCGUCGGUCCGCUGGAUAGUGACGGAUGCCGCUGAGCAACUUGGACAUCAUCAGCUUGACAUUGCUUACUGGCACGGCCCUUUGUGUCGCUGAGCAAUUUGGACACGGCCUUACUUCCAUCCGGAACGAAUGUGCUUGACAUGAGCUUCCUGGCACAACUAGCUGCUGCUGGUGGGGUCUGCCAAUCAGUGAUCGACCAAGAGAGAGAGUGGACCAGGUCAGGUCCUUCCCCUUCCUGGCACAGAUCCGUGUUCGCAGACCGAUUUGGACAGGGCCUUAUAUCCACUCGGAACGAAUGUAAUUGGCAUCAGCUUACUGGCACAAACAAGCUGCUGCUGGUGGAUGUGCCAAUCAGUGAUUGACCAGAGUGGGAGUUGACCAGGUCAGGUCCUUCACCUUCCUGGCACGGCUCCGUGUGGCGUUGGGCCAUCUGUAACGUACUUCUCCCUACAUCCGUUCGGGAAGAAUGCGCCUGACAUCAGCUUACUGGCACAACUAGCUGCUGCUGGUGGGUCUGCGAAUCAGUGAUCGACCAAGAGUGAGAGUCGACCAGGUCAGGCCCUUCACCUUCCUGACUGGCGCUGGGGUUAAUCCAAAUUUAACUCCUGUUUGGCGCUGGCCUGGAGUUAAGCCAUGGAUUCCCAGUUCGGUUUCCAUAGGGGAGGCGGCAGGGGACGAGGCCGGAAUCAUGGUGGACGGGGAUCUUUGGGAGGCCGAGGUAUUCUAGGAGGCAGAGGAGGGCGUAACCCUGAUAAUUACAAUCAGAACCAUGGCGGAGGUCGCGGACGUGGUGGGAAUGACAGAGGAGGACGGGGAGGAAGAGGGGAAGGAUGGGGAGGCGGAGGAAGAGGUGGACGAGGAGGAAGGUCAAGUUCAGACAGAGAGGAGAGGAGGGGCCCGAAGCUGUGGACCUUCCUUCCGAAUGACAGCGAAUUUAUGACUCAAUCUCAGAUGAGGAUGUUCGUUCAAGCCAUGGAAUCUCACGAUGCUUCAGAUCUGGUGAUAGUCCUCGCUGACGACAAGCUCUUCGGCAGAAAGAAGGUCGUCAGCAUCUGUCAGGAGGCUGUAGCUUGCGGUCCUUCGAGAUCCGUCUCUGCUGGCAAUCACACCCGAUUCGUGUCCUUCCAGUGUGUGGUUCUGCCCAUGCUAAGGGUCAUCUGCCAGCCUGAAUUUUUCAACAACCCUGCAUCAAGCAAGGUCAACGUGACCCUGGCAGCCAUUGUCGAGGUGGGCGGACUCCAGGAGUACCUCAUCAGCUGCAUCAGGCUCCUAACCCAACGUGGAGAGAUCCGCGAUCUGGCUCGAGACGAGGCCGAUGGCAUCACGGACUGGGACGUGGCUUUCCACGUCAUUAUCAGCUUCUUCAACCUAACCAUGGAUCGGUUCUACUCUCUGUUUGAUGUUGCGCAAGCCAGCGCAGACAUGGAGGAGUUGGAGGCGAUGCUUGAGCGGUGGCAGGCAGCAAAGGCGGUGUUUGAUGGCAAGUACCAUGGCCUCCGGUCGACGAUCUACAGGCUGCGCAAGUCGCUGGACAGACGCAGGCACAGCGAACGGCAGAGGCAGAGGAUGGAGGAAGGCCAGGUGCUGCACGACCAGUUCUUCCCUGCAGGUCAGCCGCUGUCCAGCAUGCAAGCUGUGGAUGGUCCGGGGGAGCUCAGCUUGGAUGGGCGCCCAAGGCAUGACAACGACCGUGUGGAGAUCUCAGCUAUCUCGGUGGCGCCAACGAUGGAGGAGGUGCUGUGCAAGGUCGCGCCCUACUUGCCCCACAACCACGCCAACGAGCCUCACCACCUCCCUGCCGGCUCUGUGGGCCGCCACGUCGACAUCCAGUUCCGCCUGCUCAGGCACGACCUGGUCGCGUCCCUCUGGAGCAAGGCGCUCUUCCUCCUCGAGAGGCUCAACCACGAAGCCUCAAGGGCCGGCCGAGGGGGCAGCAGCAGCAGCGGCAGUGGCAGUGGCAGCGGCGGUGGUAGCGGCGGCAGGGAGGAGGCGAUGGGGCUUGUGAGGGCGGACAGGGACUUGGUGAGGGGGCUGACGGACAACAUGAAGGGGGUGGUGGGGUUUUCUUCGGAAGACAUGGACGUGUAUCUGCUGCGCGAUGUCAAGGUGCUCUCCAUCAACACCGACAAGCGCAGCGGGGUGUUCUUCCUCAUCGACUUCAUGGAGCCGCCCAUGCCCCGCAGCCGGCGCGCUGCCCGUAACAGAGUGGAGUUUUGGGAGAACACGCGGCGGCUGCAGAAUGGCUCGCUGGUCUGCCUGUGGAUCCGAGACACCAGCUCCUUCCCUCCCGGGGGUCACAGGGGGGUAGCCGAUCCAGCGAGAGACUUAGGCUCCCACAGGCUGGUCUUCGCCACCAUCACAGCGCGCGACACAAAGAGGCUCGCCUCUCCCAGGCCGCAGAUCGGAGUCCAGCCGUGCCAGGGGAACGGGUUCAGCGCGGACCUGCUGGGGCUGAUCGCUCAGGGAGGCAAUGGGAGGGGGGCGAGGACGCAGGUGGUGAUGCUGGAAGCCCAUGGGAGUUUCUUCGCCUACGAGCCCAUUCUCAAGGCUCUGCAGACCAUCACUGAGGCGUCGCUGCCCUUCUCCGACUACAUCUGCGCUGCCCCUGGGGGUGCUGUGACUGGCGGCGGACCAGCAGGUGCACCUGGAGGGGCUGCUUUCAACCUGGGGUAUAAGGUUCCUGCGUACAUCCGAGGGGGAAUGAUGUAUGACUUGAGCCUGCUUCUCCAGACCAAGCCGUCUUCCCCCCAGACUCCGAACGCUGCGGAGGACACGUUUUCCAUAAAGAACGUGAUGAUCUCCAACCCCAGCGCCUUCCCGGUGGAUGCUCUCCUGCGCUGCACGUCGCUGGACGAACCCCAAACCGUGGCUCUUCGAGCUGCCCUGACGCAGGAGUUCGCCCUGCUGCAGGGACCACCGGGAACUGGCAAGACGUUUGUUGGAAUAAAGCUUGUGGAGAUUCUUUUGGGCAAUGCCCUCAAGAGCCCUGGAGGGAGUCCUGCGCGAGGCAGGGAGGUGGCCAGUCCCAUGGGCCCCAUCCUGUGUGUCUGCUUCACCAACCAUGCGCUUGACCAGUUCCUGGAGGGCCUCAUUGCCAGCGGCAUCAAGAACGUGGUUCGAGUGGGAGGAAGGAGCAGGUCCGAGGCUCUGCAGGAGUACAACCUCCUCAACAUCAUCCGGAGCUCCAAUCUGGAGCGAAGCAGAACCUACAGGCAGUCGAGCUACGAGGUGGGCAGCAGGCUGAGGGAGGUGGAGGCGGUGAUCGCCACGUACAGCGAGGCCCUGCAGCAGCGCACGGACAAUGCGCUCGCCGUCCCGUGGCGUGCCAUCUCCUCCCACCUCAUGGCCAACCACCCCUCGUUCUUUCAAGCACUUCGCACUUCCAAGGAGGCAGACGAUGAUGGGUUCGAGCAAGUGGGCCGGGAUAACUGGGACCGGUGGAAGAAGGGCGCGAUGAAGGACAGCUCCCGCCGCAAGAAGAAGGCAGGCAACCUGGGCUCUGAAGCGUGGAGGGAUCAGGGUCCUGUAUCAGGAGGGCCAGGGGGGCAGGGGACGGGGAGGGCAGGAGGGGGUUCCGGGGCAGGAAGGGCAGGAGGAGGUUCCGGGGCAGGGGGAACUGGUAGAGGUGCCCUCAGUCAACAGGCGCCCAUGGGGAACGCGUUUGACGCCCUGGGCAUGCUGGGCGGGCUGGAGGUUGGGGAGGGGUGGGGUGUGAGCAGUGCGAGGGAUGGUGGCGUGGGGGAACAGCUCAGCGAGAUGGUCGGAAUGAUGACUUCAUACUUCGCUGAUGCUGAUGAUGGGGAUGCUGUGGCAGUCACGGGCCAUGACAGCUCCUGGCUCGGCCUUGCGCCCUCAGCGGGGGCAGGAGGGGUGAGAGGGGGCGGAGGGGCGGGAGGAAUCAGAGCUGGUGCUAGGAGCAGGGGGGCUGGGGCAGGAAGCGAUUGGGAAGGGCAGGGGGGACAGGGAGGGUUCGCUGUGGAGGACCUCUCUCAAGCAUUUGGUGACUUGGGCGUUCAGGACACCCAGGGCGUUGAUGAUAGCAGGCGAGGCCAAGGCGCUAGGAGAAAUGAAGGCAUGGGGCGGGGACAUGGCAGUGUAGAGGAGUUUUGGACGGAGCCUGAGGUGGAUGAGGCGAGCAACCGGGGGGUGCGCGAGCUGCUGUACGUGGAGGACCCAUGGGCGACGAGUGCGCAGGAGAGGAGAAAGCUGGUGGAGCACUGGGUGGGGGAGGUGCGGGCCACGGCCAAUGCUGCCAUUCAGGCGGAAGUUGAGAGCUAUUCAAGGAAGGUGAGGGAGCGCAGCGAGCUGCAGCAGGUGGAGGACCUGCAGGUGCUGCGGAGGGCGCAGGUGGUGGGGAUGACGACGUCAGGCGUGGCGAAGAUGCAGCGCCUCAUCACUGCUCUCGGCCCGCGAGUCGUCAUUGUGGAGGAGGCGGCCGAGGUGCUCGAGGCCCACAUCCUCACCUCGCUCACACCGCAGACCCAGCACGUCAUCCUCAUAGGCGACCACCUGCAGCUGCGGCCCAAGGUGGAGGUGUACGAGCUGAGCAAGGACUCCCACAAGGGCUUCGACCUGGACGUCUCCCUCUUUGAGCGCCUCGCGCUCUCCAAGCAGAUCCCCGUCUUCACCCUCGCCACCCAGCGCCGCAUGCGCCCUGAGAUCGCCGACCUCAUCCGCAGUACCAUCUACCCGGACCUCAGGGACCAUCCGUUCGUCGAGGGGUACCCUGACGUUAGAGGCAUGGCAUCCAACCUGCACUUCUGGGACCAUGAGAGCCCAGAGAGCGGCGGGGACGACCUGAGCGAGGGCAAGUCCAAGUCGAACGUGGGGGAGGCGGCCUUGGUGGUGGGGCUGGCGACGUACCUGCUGCAGCAGGGGUACGCGGGGGGCGAGAUCACCAUCCUCACGCCCUACGUGGGGCAGCUUCUCAAGCUGCGCCAGGCGCUUUCUCACGUGGUCAACGUGCGCCUGGGGGAGGGCGAUGUUGAGGUGGUGGAGGAGGCCGAGGAGAAGGCGGCAACUAGGGAAGGUGGAUCUGGAAUGGAGGGUGGUGGGAGCGGAGAGGCGGCGGGGGGUUCGGCUGGGGAGGGGAAAGGGCUGGGGCUGGGGUUUGCUGCGCCCAAGGCGACCACGGCUAAUCUGAAGGAUGCGGUUCGGCUGGCAACCGUUGACAAUUUCCAGGGCGAGGAGAGCACGGUGAUCAUCAUCUCUCUCGUGCGCAACAACGUGGACGGAAAGGUUGGGUUCCUCAAGAGCCCCAACCGCACCAACGUGCUGCUCUCCCGCUCCAAGCAUGGCAUGUACCUCAUUGGCAACGCCAGCACAAUGCGGGCAUGCUCCAAGUCGCUCUGGCCGAGAAUCCUGGACAUCCUGCAGGGCAGGGGUGGCAUCCAGAGGUUCAUCCCGCUGCGGUGUGUGAACCACCCUGCCACGGUGACGCGCAUCCAUGGCGCGAGGGAGUUCAGGGAGAAGGUCAGCGAGGGCGGCUGCUCCGAGAUGUGCGGCUUCCGGCUCACUCCGUGCGGCCACACCUGCCCGCGCAGGUGCCAUGGGGACGACAGGGCGCAUGCCAAUGCGUUCUGCCCCAAGGAGUGCAACCGAAUCCGGCCUCUGGAGGAGUGCCCGCACCAGCAUACAUGUCCCAAGCAGUGUGGGGAGGUCUGUGGGCCCUGCACCGUCACUAUCAAGGGGCUCACGCUCCCCUGUGGCCAUCAGGCGUUCAACGUUCUCUGCUUCCAAGCUCAGAAGCCAUCUGCCAUUUUCUGCUCGGCAAUGGUUGAAGUCACAAUGCCACUGUGCGGCCACAAGCAGACUGUCAAGUGCAGUGAGGCCGCUACCAGAGUCAGCGACCCUAAGCUCUGCACAGCCCGCUGCGGCGUUUUUCUCUCGGAUUCCUGCGGGCACACGUGCAUCUCCCCCUGCGGCCACUGCAUCAUUGUUCCAGGGGCCAACACAGACCAGACACAGGCAUGGGUACUGCACCAGCAGCACCAGCAGCAGCAGCAGCAGCAGCCGGAGAAGAAGCACAAGAAGUGCACCCAGCCAUGCAAGCGACCCCUCCCCUGCGGUCACCUUUGCCCCGACACUUGCCACAACGGCCGAGCCUGCAACCCAUGCAACAUAAAGUGCCUGGUCGCCUGCCAGCACAGCUCCUGCCCCCAGCCCUGCCACCAAACCUGCGCUCCGUGCGCCGAGCCUUGCGGCUGGCACUGCAAGCACCAGGGGGCGUGCUCCCUGCCCUGCGGGGCGCCGUGCGACCGCCUCCCGUGCGACAGGCGGUGUGAGAAGGCGCUCAAGUGCGGGCACCAGUGCCCGUCGCUGUGCGGGGAGAAGUGCCCCCCAAAGGCGUUCUGCACGGCGGCUGGGUGUGGUGCGCAGGAGAAGCGAGAGAUGACGGUGGAUCUGGUGACUCUGGAGACGCUGGGGGAGAUCGAUCCCGAAGAGAGCCCCGUUCUUGUGCUGGCGUGCGGACAUGCUUAUACGGUGGACACCCUGGAUGGGCACCUGGGGCUCAACCAGGUGUAUCUGGAGUCUGAAGGAUCACCUGGCAGCUGUAGUGCUGGUGAUGGGGGUGGGUCUGUUGCGAGCAGUGGUGCUGCAGAGGGGUCUGGAGCCAAGUGGGUGGUGGUGCUGCCGUUUGAAGAUGGCAAUCUGUCUGCUCUCAAGGGCUGCCCGGAGUGCCGCCAGCCAAUCACAGGCUUCCGCCGGUAUGGCCGGAUGGUCAACAAGGCCCUCCUGGACCAAUCAGAGCGCAAGUUUGCUCUCAGCUGCUUGGCCGACCAGCAGAAGCUCCAGGGUAAACUCUCCAAGCUGAGCCGAGCUGUGUCCGCCUGCUCUGAGGCUGCUCAGCCGAAGCAGCUACAGGAGCUGGCAAAAGCUGCGACUUAUCUGGUCACAGAAACGAACAAGCUGCGGUUCACCUCCAUGGAGCCUCCGACCCAGCAGACGUACCAGGCUUCAAUAGCUGCAAUCCAGAGGAAGCAUCUUCAGCUGGGUGAAACCCCGCUUGCGUCAACAUGGGAAGAGGAGUGUCACCUGCUCUAUGUCCCCCAGCCUGAUCCCCGCCCGCUCUGUGAAUCGCUUAUGAUGCUGGGGAAAGCGUACCAGCUGCUCAUGGCUGCCAACUUCCUCCAGCUGCGCUGCCUUCUAAGGAAGCUCCGGGAUGUGGCUGGUCCGAGCCCAAGGAUUUCUGAGUUGAGCGGUGAGAGCAGCAGCUCAGGGAAACCGGCCCACACUGAGUUGACUCGCCAGCUGGAGAAUUGCAGGGCGGUGCUGCAUAUGGUACUGAAGAAUGCGGAGAAGUAUGUGGGGGAGGCGGUGGAGUGGGCUGGCAAGCGCAAGGCGCAUCGACUGGAGGCCAGGGCACGGCUGGAGCUGGUUGACGUGUUCCGUGCGUUCGUGGAAGGCAUGAUGGCGGAACGCCUGCUCUCCAACUCCCCUGCUGGCCUUGGUGGACCAAAGAAGCAGCAGCUGGAGUAUCUUGAGAAGGCCAAGGUUCAGUGUGGCAUGGUGGCCUCUCACCACCUUGUCUCAAUUAGGGAAAAUGACGAGCUUGGAAAGAGUGCCCGGAAAUUGCUCAACAAGGAGCUUCGUGCUCUGGAGGCAUCUGUUCGGGACGAGCCCCGUUACUUCUCCCUGACAGAGCGGGAGAAGGGUGAAGUGUUCAAUGCAAUGGGGCUGGGAACGGGGCAUUGGUAUCGAUGCCCCAAUGGGCACGUGUACGUCAUAGGGGAUUGUGGCCAGGCUUGGGUGGAGUCUCGUUGCUCUGAGUGUGGUGCGGUGGUGGGUGGGAGAGGCCACGUACUUGGUGAGGGCAAUGCUAGGGCAGCUGAUUUCGCCACUGGAUCUUAAAGUGCAAGUCUCAAAACUCUUUCGUGGGGACUUGUUGGGCAGGGUUUCAGCUAGGAUCUUGGCCUGUGUGAGAAUCAGACGGGGUUUCGAAGUUUGGUCUGACCAUCAUAUGAAAAAUUUUGAGUUGUCUGCCAUUUCAG